UCAGGACUUUGCCACCUGUCUGUGUGUGUGUGUGUGUGUGUAUAUAUAUAUAGAGAAAGAGAGAGAGAGAGAGAGAGACGUAUAGAUGCAGUAUUUUAGACAAUUAAAAAGCCUAAAUACCUGUUGUGUUGCAACAAUUUUUAUUUUUACACACUCUGUGUGUGUGUGUGUGUGUGUAAAGAUAAAUACAUCUCAUCAUAUUUUCACAUUAAUUUUGGUGGAGAAAUGACAUUGAAAGAAUUUCCUACAAAAAAGGAAACAAUAUUUGAAAAGUGAACAGUAAAAUAAGUAUCUACAGAUGCAAUUGCGGGGUUUUAUAAUGUGCAUUGAAGCUAUAAAGUAUAUUAUUGCAACUGUAAAUUCACACAAAAACAGUCUAGAUAACAGUCUACGUAUUAUCAAAAACAAAUGCUUAUAACCUACUUCUGUGUGCACAUAAUGUGUGUGAGUGUAUUUGUGUGUGAGUGAGAGAAAGUGUGUAUGUGUGUCUGUGUGUGUGUGAGUGUGUACACAACAUGGUCCCCUAAGGGUGUAUGGGUGGGGGUGCGUGCUGUGUGUUUGGUGUUUGGUAAAUACUAAGGGUGUUAUAGAGGUCUUCAGGCUGGUCGGUUCACUCCUAUAUGAGAUAUCAGUUUCCCAGUGAGUGUGUCAGUUUGAGUGUGCCAGUGUAUCAGCGUGAGUGUGUCAGGGUAUCAGUGUGAAUGUGUCAGUGUAUCAGCGUCAGUGUGUUGGUGUGUCAGCGUGAGUUUUUCAGAAACAGAUGGAGAAAAUCGGUAGCAGCAUGAAGAGGAAAGCCACUGCAAGGCAGCACAAAGCGGAGGUGAUGAUCGCGGGUGAGCAGCUCAGGCUGCGACUGCACGACAGCAAGCUGAUCAAGGACAGGAGGUAUCACCUGCGCACCUACCCCAACUGCUUUGUGGCACAGGAGCUGAUAGACUGGCUGAUCAGCCACAAGGAGGCGCCAGACCGAGCCACCGCCGUUCGUCUCAUGCAGCAUCUGAUGGAGCACGACAUCGUACACCAAGUGUGUGACAAAUGCUCGGUGUUCAAAGAUGCCAAACUGCUGUACCGCUUCCGUAAGGAUGACGGAACUUUCCCCUUCAAUUCGGAGGUGAAGGUGUUCAUUCGUGGCCAGAGGCUCUACGAACAGUUGAUUUUGGGGAGGAGCUCUGUCCUGCAGGUGAGGGAGGAGCUGGGCGUGGCUUAUCAGCGCUCAUUCCCCGGCUGUCAGAUGAUUGAUUGGCUGCUGCAGAAUGGCGAGGCAGAGAGCAGGCGGCAGGGGCUGGAGCUGUGUCGCGCUCUGCUGGAGCACGGAAUCAUCCAGCAUGUGUCCCUGAAGCAUCACUUCUUUGACGGCGCGCUGCUAUAUCAGUUCUGCAUUAACUUCCGCCGACGGCGCCGCCUGGCUGAGCUGCUGACCGAGAGCGAUGGAGAUGCAGUGGGCGGGGCUGGAGGAGCUGAGGGGGCGGGAGCUCACACACAGGAGAAUUUCACUGACAGCCCUUUCACCCUGAGGAAAAACCUCCCUCAGGGAAACAGCAACUUCCUGUCUGUACAGCCCACUAAGGAGAUUAGGGUGAUGUCGGCAGUGCGCAGGGGGAGUUGGCCCUCUCAGCAGAACAGCCCCGGCGGAUACCUUCCCCCUGUGCCUCUCUGCUCCGCCUCUCUGGCAAAGUGCAACCCUAAAUCAGUGCUGAGGAGGAGAGUGACCUGCCGAGAGCUACUGUCUCCUGGGGGGCCUUUCAUCAAAAGGGUUCUGACGGUAGUGGGGGAUGCUGUGGGCUGGGGGUUUGUUGUUCGUGGGUCUUCACCUUGUUAUAUCCAAGCUGUGGAUCCAGGGGGACCUGCUGCUGCAGCAGGAGUAAAGGUGCGUCAGUUUGUUUACCAGGUGAACGGGCUGUGUGUCCUUCACCUGGAUUAUCGCGCGGUCACCAAACUGGUCAUGACUGGACCGCGUACGGUUGUGCUGGAGAUGAUGGAGCCACUUGACUGAGGUGAUGAUACCCAACCUGCCUCAGGCCAUGGACUAUGACCUCACAGUUGCACCAGUACAUUUUCCUAUGGAGAUCUAACACCUGUCUGUGAUCACCCUCACAGAAAUGGAAUAUACUGCCUAUAUCUGUAUUUAAUACAAUUUCACAGCAGCAAUAGUUUCUGUAUUUGUUCAUAUAUUCUUACAACAUUUUUUCUCAUCUUGUAGAAUAUAUGAACUCUUCAGAAUAUAUGGGCAAAUAUACAAAGACUUGUAGCUUUCAGAACUUAAAGUAUAUUUUAAAAAACAGUGGUUUGAAAUAUAUUCAUCAUUAUUUUUUAUAAAGCAUCCACAUAUUUAUGUACUGCAGUAAUUCACAAUGUUCAUAUUGUCACUUAUAAUGGGUUUCUGAUUCAUUAACAGCUAUUAAAUAUAAAUAUAAUAUAAAUAAAAGAGCAGUUGGUGAGCUGAAAAUUUAUGGGGCCGAAAACUUUUUUUUAAACUGAUUAGUCUCAAACUAUUUUCAUUCAUUUUCCUUGCUUUUCCUUAAUUUGUAAUACAUAGCUUUUUCACAUUGCGUUAGGCAGAUUAAAUGAUAAAUAAAAUUUAGAAAAAUCCGGUUUGAUCACAAAGUACAGUCAUUGAAGAGAACUAGUCUGAUCAAAUUGAGUAUUUUGUGAAUUAAUCUCUGCAUUGAUAAUCAAGGAAAAUGACUGCCAACAUGUUGAGACCAAUAAUCAGUUUAAGGGGAAGAUUUCGGUUGCACCUGUUGUCAGCUCACCAACAACUGCUGUACAAAUAUAAUAUAAAUACAAAUAUGAAUAUUUUUUAUAGCCCAUAAAAGGUUAUUAACUGAUAUCCCUUGAUGUUUAUAUGCUUUCUUUCAAAAGGCAAAAGCACUGUAGAAUCUCUAUGUCCUCUGUUGCUGUGUACCACUGGUCCAAACUGGACUGCUCUCAUUUCAGUAAAGAUCAAUU